GCCACCACUAAGCCCACCACAAAAACAUUCCUCCCCCGUCUCAACCAUACACUUUUCCACUUACACUGAUUAAAUUGCCAUUCACGCAUUAUUCUCCUUAAAACCUCAAAGCAGAAAGAGGCAUUUCAUUUAGCACAGAAAAUGGGCUGCAGCUCCUCUAAGAGAGUUGAGGCCACCCUUGAUGUCUACCGUCCACCACCAUCAAGCUUUGCGGUUUUUGAUAUCAACUCCAUACAAGAGCCAUGGCUCUCGCUUGAUAAUUCUGCUCGAGAAAACCAAGAGAAGUCCACGCACCUGCCGGCUCCUAUACUUGAGAAGCUCAACAAGCUGGAAUCCGAUGCUCCUCAUUCAUGGGAAGAGGUAAGCAAAGCCCUGGAAGAGCUCAAUAACAAAAAUUCUGUUGUCGCUCCUGUAAGGCCCAGUACCCUGAACCCGCCUGCGAAAGUUACUGCCGCGUCCGCCAAUCCCACCCCAGAAAAGACACCACCCCCACGUAAGAGCUCCUCUUUUCAUACCCUUGAAGAACUGGACGCUAAACUGUCUUCAAAACCCCAAAAAGAGCUAAGAAAAACCGAAUCCUUGCGCACUGAGUUGAAGAAACCAGAGGCCACAAAGAUUGAGUCACGAGUCAUGGUUGAGCCAGCAACCGAGUCAGGGAACGUUAUCAAGCCAGUGAAAGAGAACAUAUUCAUAUUAAGGGAUAGGCAAGAGAGAGAGAAAGAGGGGAAGAUGGCGAACUACGACAAGAUAAAGUGGGACCCGCUGAGUGACUUCCCAGAGAAGUGUCCACCGGGAGGAGGUGACUCAGUGGUUAUCUAUACGACGUCGUUGCGUGGGGUGCGUAGAACAUACGAAGACUGCAACCGCUUACGCUCCUUACUGGAAGUACACAGAGUGGUGUUCGACGAAAGGGACGUGUCCUUGCAUGGAGAGUUCUUGAACGAGAUAAGAGAAUUGCUGGGAGAAGAGGGGAGCGUACCUAGGGUUUUUGUGAAAGGAAGGUACAUAGGAGGAGUGGAGAAGGUGGUGGAGCUGAACGAGUCGGGUCGACUAGGGAGGAUACUAAACUGGGCACGUGUGGAGAGAGGGGUGGGGAGACAAGCGUGUGAAGGGUGUGGAGGUGCUAGGUUUAUGCCGUGUUUGGAUUGUGGUGGGAGUUGUAAGGUCAUAGUUGAUGGAGUGAAGGAGAGGUGUGGCAAGUGUAAUGAGAAUGGAUUGGUCCUUUGUCCUGCUUGCCUCUAGUUAAUGAUGGGAUGUUGUUUGUGGAGAAUUUGAUUUUAAUUUGAAUUUGGCAUGUUGUGGAUGAAAAAACAUGGGUGGUGGUGUGGAGGAGCUUCCAAGUUGAUGUUUGGUAUCUUUUUCAUGUGAAGAUUUUGAAGUUGACAGAAUUGAAAUUAUGUAAGCUUGAGAAAAUAUAAAUUGUGAAGAUUUUGUCUGUCUACUUUUUCUUAGAGAAAAUUAAGUGAUAUUAAUGUCAUAAUGCUCCUUUUAAUUUA